GUUGGGGGCCUGGGCCGGCUUCGGGGGGAAGUGCUUGCUUGUCAGUCUGUCUGUCGGUCUGUCUUGGGAGUGGCGGAGGGAGAGACUAGACCAUGGCGGCCACAGCAGCGGGCGGAGGUCGCUGGGAAGUGGUGAGGAAGGGCCGGCGGCCUGGGGGCGGCGGCAGCGGAGGAGGAGGCGGCGGCGGGAGCCGCCGGGCACUCGGGGAAGCGAACCGAGCGCGGAGCAUCGAGCUGGUCCCUGCCAUUCAGCCCUCAGGCACUCUUUUUGAGCUGGGCUUUCAGAAGGUGAUGAAAAAGCACAACAAGGAGCAAGUGCCCCCACCGGCUCCCACCGAGCACAAGAAAACGGCCAAAAAAACCAAAAAGGCAGCUGCCCUCGCCGACCAGAGCACCAAGCAGGGCCGCUUCCGCAGCCUGGAGGAGGCCAUGAAGGCGCUAGAUGUGGUAGCACUGCAAAAGGAAAUGGAGAAGAGCCAGAGCAUGUUCCCUGGAAACCCCUCUGUGUGGGUGAAGGACUUGGCUGGAUAUCUCAACUACAAGCUGCAAGCACCUCAAAGUGAACCUACAUUAAGCCAGCACACACAUGAUUACCCCUACUGUCUGGUGGGCCGAGAACUUCGUGGAGUCAUUCGAGGAUUGUUGGGGAAAGCAGUUGGUGUCCUGGAACUUUUCUUUGACCAUUGUCUCUAUACCAUGCUGCAGGAAAUGGACAAGACUCCAGGUGAGUCACUCCAUGGCUACCGCAUCUGUAUCCAAGCAGUUCUACAAGAUAAGCCCAAGAUUGCCACCAUGAACUUAGGCAAGUAUCUCGAGCUACUGAGAUCCCAUCAGAAUCGACCAGCAAAGUGUCUGACCAUCAUGUGGGCACUGGGGCAGGCAGGCUUUGUCAACCUAACCGAGGGACUUAAAGUGUGGCUGGGGAUCAUGUUGCCUGUCCUGGGAAUCAAGUCUCUGUCUCCCUUCUCGAUUGCUUAUUUGGAUCGACUGCUUCUGAUGCAUCCCAACCUCACCAAAGGCUUUGGCAUGAUUGGCCCCAAGGACUUCUUCCCACUUCUGGACUUUGCCUACAUGCCCAACAACUCCCUGGCACCCAGCCUCCAGGAACAGCUUUGUCAGCUCUACCCCAGACUGAAAGUGCUGGCAUUUGGUGCAAAGCCAGAGACUACUCUGCACACCUACUUUCCCUCCUUCUUGUCCAGAGCCACCCCCAGCUGUCCCCCUGAAAUGAAGAAAGAGCUCCUGAGAAGCCUGACCGAGUGUCUAGCCCUAGAUGCCCUCAGCUUCAGUGUUUGGAGACAGCUGUACACCAAGCACCUGCCACAGUCCAGCUUGCUGCUGGGACAUAUCCUGGAGACUUGGGACCAAACUCCUAAGAAGAUGAGGAAGUCUUUGCAAGAAAUAAUUCAGUCCUUCAAAAUGACAAAUGAGGAGCUCCUAAGGAAAGGAGGAAGUAACACUCAAGACACCACAGCCUGCAACACCAUCUGUAAGGGCCUCCUGCAGCGGGCUCGAGGUCGGCAGCUGCCCUGGGUCCAGCUGUUCCUCGUCUUCCUGGUGUUUGCAGCUGGCUUCUUGUUCCAUGACUUCCGGUCACAUGGCUCCUUCCAGACUUCCUUGUCAGCCCGGGUGCUGCAGUCAUCUGGCUUCCUGCCUGCUGGGGAGGAGGCCUGUGCCAGGCUCCACUACUACGGGCUCCAGGGUUACAGCUGGCUGGAGGAGACGUUGCCUGUUUUUGGUUCCCAUCUGAUGGCGGUGCUAGAACCCAGCCUGCAGCUGGCCUGGACCCAGACCAACACAACAGUCACCUUUAUCUCUACCUAUUGUGUGUCCUGUCUUUCUUGGGCCUAUGAGAACCUCCCUGACAUUUUCCACGGGACCCAGUUCACAGACUCAUUGUCACAUCUGCUACUACAGCUAAAGGAAUUGCUGCUGCUCUUGUACCAGGACUUUCUGUUCCCUCUGUGGCAUGUGUUGCUUUCUGCAUUGUCCCAGGUCCAGGAGCGUUGCCAGGAGGCCUGCAGAGGUGAUGUGACCUGGGACUGUAUAAAGAUACAGCUGAGUAAGUUUGCCCACUGGAUCUGGCUCUGCCUACAAGACACCACCAUUGCCCUUGUGGACUGGGCAUUAACCAUGAUAUCCCAGCAAUAGGCCCUGCCCGAGCAGUCACUUGUUUCCAUUUUGGACAGGCCAGCAAAGACUGUUGAGGGGCAGGGGGAUAUGCAUGGGAGUAUGUGUCUGCAUGAAUGUCUUAUUUGCUGUUGUUAACUUGGUGUCCCUUGUUCCGGCCUAAUCCCAUUCUCGAAGUGAUCUGCUGCCUCUGCCCUAGCAGACCCCAGCAGAGGCAUGAGCCUGAAGAGUGUCACUUCCAGCAGGCCUCGACCUCCUCUCUGUGACCCACAGAACUCUGACCCUGUAUCACACAGCUCUAUGUCUCUCCAUGCAUUCAUCUGGCAGUUUUUGCUCCUCUGGGAAUCUUUUCUUUACUGCCCUGUGUCUUUAACAUACAAACAGUUCAAUCACAAAGAGACUAAACUCACAGAGUCCCCUUCUUGGCUCCUCUGACAUGGCUCCCUUGUUCCUGAUCUCCUGGACCUCAAGGAAAUAGCACCUGGAAAGCUGGGUAGCCAGAGGAAAAGGCAAGAAGAGAUCAGUGGACUUCAGUACCUAUUCUGUUACAUGAUAGCGGGCUGCUGACGCGAGAGCAAGAGCUGCGGGGGCCUCAGAAAGCACACACCCCUUAGCACUCCGGACAAGGUCACCGAGGUCUCUCCCCUGGCCCGAUGGCAGCCCUGGAAACAGACUCCUCUCCCCUUGGGAAGCUCCCCUUAUGCUCCACCAGGCCCCUCCGUGUCCAUGGUGUUUCCACCACCAGCUCCAUCUCCAGCCCAGCACUGUGAGGCAGGAGAAAGGAGAAAGCAGGUUGUCGAAGGGUGGGUCUCUCCUGGGCUUCUGCUCCUUUCUCUUGUCCCCAGCUGCCCCUCAGGCCCAGGGCUCGGGAGAGUUCCAGUGAUCAUGUGCCUGCUCCCCACCUUAGUUAGGCCCAAGGACCUCUCUCUCAAGCAUCCCAACAGAACGACUUCUGGGUCCUGUGUAUGCCUACUGAGUAGAAUAAAGAACACACGUUUGACCUCUCGUUUCCCCGUUAUGUUUUGGUGACCACCAAGAACUUUGGGUCGGUGGAAUAAAUAUAUCUGCUCGA